AAAGAAGAAAAGCAUGAUUGGAUUGUUUUCGAAAUCAGAAGUGAACAGCUUAGAAAAAUGCAGAAAAUCCAGUUGCCCAUAUAUAUAUAGUUCGUGUAUACCCAUAUAUGGAGAAAAAACAAAAUUGGGUUGUUUUCGAAAUCAGAAGUGAAUAGCGGAGAAAAAUGGAGAAAAUCCAGUUGCCGAUCAACGAAUACGAAAAUGAAAUAUUGAAGGCCGUUACUCACAAUUCAAUUGUUGUUAUUAUUGGAGAAACCGGUUCAGGCAAAACUACGCAGCUCUCACAGAUUAUGCACAGGCAUGGCUUCACUAAAUCUGGAAGGGUGGGCAUCACGCAACCCAGGCGCGUUGCAGCUGUUUCAGUCUCCAGACGAGUGGCAUCUGAGAUGGGGGUUCGAAUUGGAGAAGAAGUGGGUUAUUCUAUCCGGUUUGAGGACAGAACCUCAGACAGGACCUGCAUAAAGUACCUGACAGACGGCUGUCUCCUUCGUGAAUGUUUGUCUGAUCCAGAGCUAAGACAGUAUGCGGUUAUUAUAUUGGAUGAAGCUCAUGAGAGGAGUUUGAACACUGAUAUAUUGUUAGGAUUGAUGAAAAAGCUAGUGAGAAGGCGAUCUCAAGAUUUAAAGGUUAUAAUUACAUCUGCAACAUUGGAUGGUGACAAAUUUUCUUCUUUUUUCUUCAAAUGUCCUGUUCUGAAUAUUCCUGGCAAAUUAUUCCCUGUUGAAAUAUUAUAUAGCAUGGAGCGACCUGCAAGUUACCGUGAGUCUGCUUUACAAACGGCUAUAGAUUUACAUACCCAACAACCUCCAGGUGACAUACUUUUGUUUAUGACUGGACAGGAUGAUAUAGACAAAACCGUUUCAAAACUUGAGGAACGGAUUCGGAGUCUAGAUGAAGGUUCUUGUAUGGAUGCCAUAAUUCUACCUCUUCAUGGCUCGCUUCCACCAGAAAUGCAGGUUCGAGUGUUUAUGCAAGUGCCUCCAAAUUGUAGACGUAUUAUUGUUGCAACUAAUAUUGCAGAAACAUCCCUCACUGUAGAUGGCGUUGUAUAUGUCAUUGAUCCAGGCUUUGUGAAGCAACGACAAUACAAUCCUGGGACUGGAAUGUACUCUCUCGAUGUGGUACAGAUUAGUCGAGUGCAAGCUGACCAACGGGCAGGUAGAGCUGGAAGGACACGUCCUGGGAAGUGUUAUAGACUCUAUCCAUUCUCUGUGUAUGAGCACGAAUUGCUUGAAGCCACCAUUCCUGAAAUUCAACGUUCAUCACUUGCUUCUGCAGUGCUUCACCUCAAGUCACUAGAUCUUCCAGAUAUUGAUGUUCUCAAGUUUGACUUUCUUGAUCAACCAUCACGUGAGUCAUUGGAGGAUGCCUUAAAGCAGUUGUACCUCAUUGAUGCAAUUGAUGACGAUGGUUUAAUAACCAAAAUUGGAAGGCAAAUGGCAGAGCUCCCUCUAGAACCUUCACUUGCAAGGGCCUUGAUUGCAGCAAAUGACUUGGAAUGUUUAUCCCAAUGUCUAACAGUUGCAGCAAUGUUGUCAUGUGAAAAUGUGUUUACUCCUACCUCCAGUAAGGGUGCCUCUAAAAAGAGAGAGCGUGUGGACUUAAACCUACCUGAUGGUAGUGGUAUGGGUGACCAUAUUCAGCUGCUUGAAAUUUAUGAAGAAUGGCACCAAAAUCAUUAUGAUGUUGAAUGGUGCAAAAAUCAUGGUUUGCAGGUGAGAUCUAUGAUGUUUGCAAAAGAUGUCAGACAACAAUUGUCAUCUCUAAUGUACAAGAUAACAAAGGAAUCUCUCGAUGUCAUGACAAAAGAAAGUUUUCGAGAAAAGAGGAUCAUGAUUAGGAAAUUGAGGAAAGCUUUAUGUGUUGGUUUUGCAAACCGACUGGCACAACGAAUGGAGCGGCACAAUGGUUACAGAACCUUGUGCUACAAGGCACAGCUUGUGCAGGUGCAUCCAACUGCUUGUCCACUAGAGGUUGAUGAUGAUGGGCUUUACCCAGAAUAUGUUCUUUAUAAUGAGUUACUUGUAACAUCUCGUCCAUAUAUACGUAAUUUAUGUUCUGUUGAAGCAUCGUGGGUCAAGCCAAUUUGGGCAAAGCUACAACAUUUUGAUAUUGGUAAACUCAGUGGAAGGGCUUUGUCUACUGAAGAAUUGAAUAUUCCAACCCAAGAGGUAACAAACUGCAGUGCAACUGUUACCCCAAAGCUCUCAGAGAAUCGUGAAAACAUUAUCCAGUCAGCUCGGGAGAGGUUCCUUGCUCGAAAGCAAUUAAAGGUGAAGAAAUAGAUCAAAUAUUGGUCACCACAGUUUCAGUUCUUGUCUUAUACUGUCCGUCUAUCUCUCAUACACACAACUUCAACCUGUUAAGCAAUCAUAAAGUGCGAAGAAGACCAGCUCCUGAUGGUGAGAACCUUUGCUGAAAUAAUUUCCUUAAUGGAAUAUAAUGCCCCAAUCCAAGGCAGAAUAUAUUUGACAAGAAGCUAGUACACGAUGUGCAGAGAAAAAACAGUGGGCAGGUUGACCAGAGAUCACUGAUAUAAUCAGCUCCAUCAGUUUGUUCCCAGUCAAACCAGAAUUGUAUGUUCUAUGCAAAGAGAACUGCAUUGUUGUCAAAAGAUAUGCUAAUCGUUAUUUCAGCAAUCAGAUGGAGAAUAUUUGAUCAACUGUCGGAUAAGAAUUUACUUCUUGUCAUCAAAAUGUAUAUGAAUUAUGUUAGCUGUUUUUAAAAUUCAAUAGCUUUUGCUUUACUUCAA